ACGUCAUACGUAUGCGCCGCGCUCCUCUGGCUGAAGAUAGUCCAAAGAUGCAGAACAACUCCUGGUGAAGCAACUGAGAUCCAUGUGACGAAUAAAAAGAUGGCGUUUAUUAAGGAGGAGAAUGAAGACUUGAAGAUUGAAGAAGCAUUCAGAGUGAACCAUGAAGAUACUGAGGAACAAACAGACCUGGUAGCGUUGAAAGAAGAGAGUGAAGUACUCAGUGAAAUGAAAGAGGAAGACCAAGAUUUCAUAACUGAAGAAAAAUAUUUUAGUUGCUCACAGUCUGAAAGUAGUUCCUCACGAAAUAUAGCUCAAAUGACAGGAACCCUUAAUUCCCACUCCAGAGAGGCUUACGGAGAGAAGCCUUUCAAAUGCCAGCAGUGCGAAAGGAGUUUCAGAUUAAAUAAAUACCUUAAGAAUCACUUGAGAAUUCACGCAGAAGACAAGCCUUUCACAUGCCAUCAUUGUGGAAAGAGUUUUUGUCAUAAAGGUAGUCUCAAAACUCACAUGAGAAUUCACACUGGAGAAAAGCCAUACUCAUGCCCGCAGUGCAGAAUGAAGUUCACAUAUAAACCAACCUUUAACGCUCAUAUGAAAAGUCACACUGGAAAGAACCCUUACACAUGCAAACUGUGUGGGAAGAGCUUCUCACAAAAGGGAAAUUUAAAGUAUCACAUGAGAGUCCACACUGGAGAAAAGCCUUUCACGUGCCCUAAUUGUGGAAAGUGUUUCAGUCAUAAAGUAAGCCUCAAGUCUCACAUGAGGAUUCACACCGGAGAGAAGCCUUACUCAUGCCCUCAGUGUGGAAUGAAUUUUACAUAUAAGGAGUCCUUUGAUAUCCACUUGAGAGUUCACACUGGAGAAAACCUUUACAACUGCAAACUGUGUGGGAAAAGCUUCUCACAAAAAGGAAAUCUUAAGUCUCACAUGAGAAUCCACACUGGUGAGAAGCCGUUCACAUGUGAUCAAUGUGGAAAGAGUUUCAGAUACAAAAUAACCUUAAAUAAGCACACCAGGAUUCACUCAAGAGAGAAGUGUCCUAUAUGUCAUCAGUGUGGAAAGAAUUUCACUGACAAGAAAGACCUUAAAAACCAUGUAGUGACUUCACAUCGGGGAGAAGCCUUUCAUGUGCCACCACUGUGGAAAGAGUUUCACACGUAAAGGAAAUCUAAAGACUCACAUGAUCAUUCACACUGGAGAAAGGCCUUUCAUAUGCCAUCACUGUGGAAAGAGUUUCAGAUUUAAAGGAAAUCUUCAAACUCACUUGAGGCUUCACACAGGAGAGAGGCCUUACACAUGUCUUAAGCGUGAGAAGGGUUUCACAAAUCAAAAAGAACUGAAAUAUUAUUUGCAAACUCAUUCUGGAAAGAAAAAGCAGUGUUUAGAGUGUGGCAAGAUAUUUAGGAAACUGAGCAGUUUCAAAAAUCAUCUGCGCAUUCACUCUGGAGGAAGGCGAUUUAAUUGUGAUCAGUGUAAUAAAAAAUUUAUUUUCCCAUCACACUUACAGAUACAUAUGAAAAGUCAUGCAGAUGUGAGACUCUAUUUGUGUUAUUUGUGUGGAAAGCGUUUUAAGUGGUUUAGCAAGUUUAAAUUGCACCAAAAAGCAAGUAUCUGUGUGAAAUCAAGGCUACGAUUAUGCCAGAGCUGAAUGUGGUCUAAAUGCAGAUUUUCUUCUCAAAUAAGGUUGUUGUUUUUUUUGUUUAACUGUGGCCCAUAUCAGAUACAAUCUCAACAGGUGACACUGCACCAUGUGUUUUAUUUUGUAUUCUUUACUUGUUAAUAUUUUGAUUGGAGGCUUUUGUUGUGUCAUACACAUAGGAACGCUUGUGGCCCCACCUGAUCAUUUCCUUUGCUAUAGUUUAAAAUAUUGAACUGUUGCGGUUGACAGCCUCUAUUUUUGUUGUUGUUGUUGUAAAAAUAUAUUUUUUAAAUUAGAUUUAAAAAAUAUUUAACUUUCUUAAAUAUUUGAUUCAGAAAAAUAUUAGAUAAACUUUUUGUUCCUGUGUAGUGCCACAGUUGCUGUGUUUACAUGCAACCCAGAUAAUUCACCCAGAUCUGUUUAUAAUCAAAUUUAUGGCUCAGUCAGACUCAACUGGGGUGUAUUCCAGAAAGCAGAUUAUGUGAUCUAGGUAUAUACCCGUGUAUGUUUGAGGAUAAGAGAGCGGAUAACCUCAGUUUUCGGUUCCAAAAUAAGAAGUUACUUUCAGGGUAUGUAAGUAUCCAUAGUAACUUGCUCUCUGAAGAUAACCUGCUCCAGAGCAGGUUGUGUUCCAGGGUUAGUUCAAUUCAGCGCCAUCAGCGCACACGUGAUCUACUGACGAGCCUUCCGUGGGCGUGACAGAUAGCGCACAACAUUAUAUAAUAUUAGAUAUAUAUAUAUAUAUAUACUUGAUAUGUUAAUGAUUAAGCACUAAUAUAGGCCUAAGUAAUAAAUAAGGUAAUAUAUUAUACUAAUAUAUCUUAUUAUAUUUAUUUUAUUGGCAUAACAGUUAUAUGUAUAAAUUAGAAAACACUAUGACAAGGUAAUGUUUAAUUUAUUAUAUUUAUUACAUUUUAUAUUAUCAUCUCACACAUGGAUCGGCAUUUUCUAUAAUGUAUUUCUAUAAUAAAAAUACAUAUCUGAUAGGACUUAAUAUAUAAUUAGCAUCAAAUAAACAAUAUAUUUCAUAUUCAAUCUCAAGGAUUAAAGAUUAAAUGGAGAAAAAAUGAUUGCACAACCAUCAGUUAGGUGGCGGUAUGCACUAAGCGUGUAAAUGACCAUUGAACAAAAGAAGAAAGAAACAGCAUGGAACGCUUUUUAUUAGCGUCCGUUUCCAUAGUGACUCGUCGCUCUGUUGAGAAUGUCUUGAGUCGUAACCAGGAACAUACUCUGAGUUGAAUGAACUUACUCCCGAACGCGUUUUUGGAACCAGAUACCUCGAGUAAGCAAGGUUUGGGGUUAAUCAACCGAAAGUUCAGGGUUUAUCUGAAGGUAAGUUAACCGUCCUUUCUGGAAUACACCCCUGGAAAGCCUUCAUUCAAUUCGAUUGAGUUUGACUCUGAUUAUUAUUUAUUUAUUUAUUUUUAUUUUUCAAUUGAAAGGGGUGGUGGAGACUGAAUAUGUUACGUGUUAGCUAGAAAAGAUGUUCUGACAGACAUAUCAGCUUUCUUUCUAGAUUCAUGCCAUUUAAAAAAAAAAUUUUCAUACAGUAUAAACAACCUUUUUUUUUAUUAUUUGAAAUCGUAUUAGAUUAAUUUGGACUGAUGGAAAUUUGUUCAAGUAAAUAUAAAUUUAUAAAUAAACUGACAAACUAAAUGAAAUAAUAGAUAUUGCCCUGUGUUAUUUGAUUUUAAUGAGGGAAUGCACAGAUAUAAUCAAUCUAGACUUAAAUAGAUGGUAUGCACAUGACGUCACAAUAGGUGGAUGUCACUGCAGCUACAACCACUAAGCUGCGAAAAGACAGAGUGUUCAGCAUGAAUGCAGCGAAAACACACAAAACUGUGCAACUGACUGUACUAAUAGGAUCUUUUUACAGAUGCCAAUUGUACAGAAAAUAAAAGCAUAUGGAUUGUUGCAAUUUGGAGAUACAACUGGAACCCAGGCACACAAAUUUGGAUUUGUAGUUGCCAUUUUGUCAUGCAUGUUAAAUUUAAUCAUAUCAUAUUCUAGGUUAUACUUUAUUUGCAACUCAUCAGUGAAAUAUUUGCCAUCUUGUAU